UUUGCCGACUUACUGCCCUCCAGCACCACCCAUCCUGGUAGACAGGGUGCUUAACCCUAACCACACCCCAUCUAUAGCCUGAACCAAGUAGACACCAAAAUAUUCCUCCUCUGGUUCCUAAGUCCCCCCUGUUUGCUCACACUGAGAGGCUCCUUUAAAGGUGCUAGCCCUAAGACAGCUCUUUCCCACAGAGUUCCCUUUUCUUUCCUUCCCAUCCCCAAAUCAUUAUUUUUCAUUAAUAUUGUACAUUGUAUACACAGGAAGGAAAUGUACUCUUUAUUUUUUUUUUUAAUGUCAUAACCAGUCUGUUUAGAAUCCAGUCCUCCUAGCUGUAUCACAUAUGCCUUUGUUGAUAUGCUCUUUCUGCUUUCUUUAGACUUUUGUUUGACCGGGGCGGAGGGAAGAGCAGGACAGGUGAGGAUCCUAAGGCAGAUUAGAGGCCCCCCCAUCCUACUUCAGCCUCCCACAACCCUAAUCAUUCCCUUCAUAGUACAGACUGAUUUCUGUUUCUGUUUGCACACAUGCAGGUGCACACAGACAUAAAUCCUCACCAUCCCAGGGUGGUGACCCUGCAGGGAUGAGUGUAGGUGGUUGCUAGCCAACAUUCCCACCCUCCAUACCAGUUCAUUCGUGUCUCUUUGGGGUAAAGUUCUUCCCUGGAAUGAGAAAAGGCUGGGGAGAGUAGGGCGGCUUAAGGCAGCUUACAUCCUUUGUAGAUGCAGGUUUGUAUUGUAGCUGCUAGGGUUUCUCUUUUUAAUGGGGGCUGGUAGCACAGAGCUAUCUCAUCAGCAUUAACUACUGGUGAGUGAGGAUUUAGCUGUAAGAAGUGGCUUUGAGCACUAGUUUCAUUGACUUUCCCUUAGGGCAGUGGUUCUCAGAAUGUAGUCCAGGACCAGCAGGACCGUCAUCUGGGAACUUGUUAGAAAUGCACAUUCAGGCCCCAUCCCAGACAUACUGAAUCAGAAACUCUGGGGAUGGGCUCUAACAAGCACUCAAAGUGAUUCUAACACACACUAAAGUUUGAGAACCAUUGCCUUAGGGGCAAGCUGGGAAAUUCUUACAGGGUAUCAAGGAUAUUUUAAGUACCAUCUUCUGCCUUAGCACUAGCAUGUUUUUCCAUUUCCUCCAGUCCCUCCCUCCACUCCCAUUAAAACAACAACAGUGUCACUCAUCUCAAAAUCUAGGUUUGUCUUCCUCUGCUUACUCCUAAAACCUGUCCUGCGUGGGUCUGGACAGGAGUUGUCCCAUAUUCCCUUGCAGACUGGUCACUCCAUGUUCUUUGUUACAGGAAGGACCGGCUGUCCUGUUCUCCCACUCACCCCGCCCCCAACACACACCUUUCAGGCAGGGAGAUGAGCCUUCAGCCCCAACAGUGGAGGCUACAGCCUCCUGACAUGGUAUCUGUUGAAAAGCUGUGUGUACUUACGGUUAUAUCUCUGUUCAUCUGUAUAUCUUGACAUGUAGCAACACCUCUCCAUGUCAUCAAGGAACUUGACUCUGGGUCUGGGUUUCCCCAGUCCCACUGGUGGACUUUGACAGGUGGGAGGAUGCAGUGCUACAGGCUGUUUUGUUAUGAAACUGUCUUCUCCCUUUCCCCUCCACGCCCUUCAGCAUGAUCCCUGUGAGCAGGCUCUCACAGUCUCCUGGGACAGGGCUGAGGCAGAGGCUUCGCUCUAUUCUCCCUGACCGUCCCUCCUCCCUCCCCCUUGCCACAUAGCAGUUAUCCCCCAGCCAUGCCUUCUCCCCCCUCCCUUGCCCUGACAUAUAUUGUGCCUUAUUUAUGCUGCAAAUAUAACAUUAAACUAUCAAGAGAAGCACUGUUCCGUCUGAUGUUUCAGUACUCUGAUCUACAAGUCCCAUUGUCCAUUCUUUCUGGGAAUUCAUUGGGCUUUCAUGUCUGCAAUCUUCACUCUCCCAUUUCUUAGGACAGAAACAGCUGGCAUUCUUAUCCCUCCUUUUUAUGCAGGGGAAGACACAGCCUAGAGGAGGUGGGUGGUUUGUAUAAAUUACGUAAUACAACAGAAGGCUCAGAUCUGUGCACUGCCCUUAGGGACAAGGGCCCUUGGCAUCAUGGGAGCCCUCACUAGAGAACUUGUGUGCUUUGCGUGGAUGGGGCUCGGAGGGCGGUGGAAGGCAAGUGGCCUCUUAACCUUUCAGUGUUAUAUCCCCCACCCCCGCAAUUAAAAAAUAAUAAGCCCUACCCUCAAGAAGUUUCCAGCAUGCCUGGGGGAGUACACUUAGAUGCAGACAGAAGGAGAAGUGCUCUAUGAGUUCUAUGUGUGUGGGGAGGAGGGGAGUCUGGAAAUGAGAGGUGGAGUUUAUUUAGAAACAGGCAAGAUAGUUUACAAGAAAAACAGGUAGUGCUCAGGAACUAUGGGGAGGUGUGGGGCAGUCAUUACUAAUUUCUUGCAUCUGUGUAUUCCUUGAUGCCACAAGUGAGGAGGGUGACCAGGCUGAAGAACUUGACCAGGAGAUAGCUGGGUACCUCUGAGGGGUUUCCAAUAGGAGAGAGGAGAUUUACAUGCUGUUUGUGGCUGGUGUUUGGUAUAAUUGACAGACAGGGAGCUCCAGUCUCUUCUGGGGAGCGGGAAAGGCAGUGGUGGUCUUCAUUGUGGUCAGGAGCACAUGAGAGUCCAGAGAACAGUAAAGGAAGUUGCUGAAAGCCAAAUACCAAAACCAAGAUUGAGAGGUUUUGGAGGUGGGGAUGAGACUGAAGGGAGGACAGUUUCCCAAGUUAAAAGAAUUAACCCAUUCCAACUUCUAGCCAAAGGAGAGACCCAUCACCUCCAUCCAGGACACAGGAAGCAGCUAGACCAGCCCCUUUCUGAAUGCAGCCUCAGCUCAGAUCCACUUGUAACUGGUGACCAGAGAAAUAAGAGGGUAAACAUUUAUUGUGUGCCUGCUAUGUGCUAGGUGGAGUGCUAGAUGCUUUGCAUUCAUCAAGUUAUUUACUGUUCACAAAACCUCUUGAUAACAGGAGCAGUUACCUCAUGAUACUGAUGAUGACCCGAGGUUUAGCUUGAGGCACUUGCCCAAGGCACACAACAAAGUGCAAGAGCUGGAUUAAAACGGCGGCCCUGACCCUGGAACCGCUCUGCAGCACCCCACCUACCCUCACACCUUGCUCCUCUGAACUUGGUCAGAUAAGAAUGGACAAGGACCUCGAUAUGGCGCAGGAUCCAUUUCCCACAGAAGAACCAUCUCCUCAUGGACUUGAUGCUCCCAUUUAAGAAGUGGUGAAACUACAAGAUGUAAUGAUGAAUGUCAGGUUCCGUGCUCGGGACCAGCGGUGAGACAAAGCUUACAAAAAGGUUCACCCUAGUUUAGGCUGCAUUGAUAGAAGUAUCAAAACCUGAUCUAAUCUACCUAAGUAUAAGUUGGUUUCUAGAUGCCUCGCUUUAAAGAAGGGGGAACGCUUCCCCUUGAACAAAGGUGAAAGAAUGAAGGAAGGAAGAAUGAAAUCUGUCUUCAAUCAUGGGAAAGGCUUGUAACAUUGAAAGAUGAGAGGUGUUCUCUGAGAAUGAGGGAAACCAGGACCGCUGGUGGAGGCCACAGGGAGAUGAAAGCCAGCUCCUUGCAAGGAUGGUUCUGUCUGGACUGUCUGAGGAGAUGGCAAGUUCCCCAGGACCCAGGAUAAUCACAGCUAACGUUGUGAGGAAGCCUGCUCUAUGCCAGGUCCUGUGCUGCAUGGGUUACAAAAAGUAUCUCAAAUAAUGCUCACCUUAGGAAGUGGUUCCUUUUAACGUUGCCAUGUUUUAGGUGAAGAAACUUCUUACAGAGAGCUAAGCAUCUUGCCCAAGUCUGAUUCACAGGCCCUUUACGUCAUGGCACCUCUCCAGCAUCAAGAACCACACUGGUGGGACUGCUGAGGAAGGGACUCUAGGAUCAGAAGGGAAACUGUACCAGAUGACUUUGAAGGAACGCUGCCCCAGUAGGUCAGAGCCAGAGCCAGGCAGAGGCUGGAGUGACUAGAGGGAGGUGGACACCCAAGUAUCCUGCCCUUGCCUUUCUGGGACCCUGUGGGGUCAGGGCUUUAGGACCUCCAGCCACCCUAUCCUUCAACAAACUCUGUUCCAGAAAAAGGAAAUGGCCGGGCCUGGCAAUGCAGAGCUGUGACCACAGGGUGGCAGCAGUGCUUCAUCUGCAAAGCACUGCUCUCUAGGCUGAAGUGAGGCAGGUCCUAAACAGUGCGAGUGAAGAUGGGGGUCUGUCUACAAACAUCUGAAGCAAUCUCCACUUUCACACCUGUAUCUCACUUUUCUAUCCACAGGGAAAUCUCAGAGUAGUGACUCCCAUUUUUGACCCUCCAACAGGCACGUACACAUGGGCGUGAAUGGGCUGCAUGGCCCUUCCUGCAGCCUCUCCAGUCACCAGACGGGGUCAUCCUGGCUGACUCUGACCCUGGCUCUUCCCUCCUUCCUUCCCAGGACAUAAUGCCUAGCCUGACAGGACUUUCUCUAUGCUUUUAUUCUACAAGUUAGGAGGUGAUCAGUUGGAGCUCUCCAACCUGUUGAGAGAUUGGGAGUUCUUGAAGGUCCCCCAGGGCCUGGCUCUGACAAAGCAUCUGCAAUUAACGAUGCUUCUUGAGCUCUGGAGACAGGAUUUAUGCAUGUAAUAAAGUCUAUAACUCCAGGCUUAGGGGCUGGGGCCGGAGGCUGAGAGCACGAAACCCCACGGGGGCGAGAGGAAAGGGGGGUUGUCCCAGACUGCUCUUAAUGGAGCCGUGCAUUUCCACUGCCUGCUCUAGAUUCCCCCUCAGGUUGCUGUCGGGGGUGAGGAACAGGGGGACAGCAGGUAUAAGAAGCGGGUGUGGCCAAAGGAAGGCAGAUGGCAGCAUGGACUCCAGACAGGCAGCAGUGCUGCUGCUGCUGUUAGUAACAGACUGGGGCCGCGCUGAAGGACCAGGGGGCCGGGAUGAAGGAGACCAGAGCUUCACGGAGGAAGACGGUGCAGCCCACCCACCGCAGGAUGCCCAGACCCCGGGGGCACUCUUGCGCCCCCUGCUCCAGGCCAUGCAGAGACCCAGCCCGAGUCCAGCCUUCCUGUUUCAGCCCCAGAGGUUUGGCAGAAACACCCGGGGCUCCUGGAGCAACGAAGGGCUGAGCUCCCAAUUCUGGAGCCUGGCUGCCCCUCAGCGCUUUGGGAAGAAGUGACAUGCCAUCCUUUGAUGUUUGCAUGCAAGGCCCACACCCAAAAGUGCCACGUGUCCCCCCAAAUAAAGCUG